GCGCCUGAGCAGGCGGCGUGAGCCGAAGCCGGACGCAGGCAGGGCGGAAGCAGGCCGGGACGGCUGGGUGGCGGGAGCGCCGGGCGGGCUUUUAAAGGGACAGUCUCCACCCGGGCCUUUUCUCCCGCGGGGACUGCUGAUGGUGACGGCUGGGUGGCCCUGGAGGUCGGGAUCGAGGAGGUAAAGAAGAAGCAGGGAUGUAUGACCGCCCCGUCCCGGAGCCAUGGCCAGACCAGCCGCUCCGGGCUCAGUGAUAGUCCCAGACUGGCACGAGAACGCCGAGGGCAAGGAGUACCUGGCCUGCAUCCUGCGCAAGAACCGCCGGAGGGUGUUUGGGCUGCUCGAGCGACCAGUUCUGCCCCCACCUGUGGCCAUCGACACUGCCAGCUACAAGAUCUUUGUGUCUGGGAAGAGUGGUGUGGGCAAGACAGCGCUGGUGGCCAAGCUGGCUGGCCUGGAGGUGCCCGUGGUGCACCAUGAGACCACUGGCAUCCAGACCACCGUGGUAUUUUGGCCAGCCAAGCUGCAGGCCAGCGACCGUGUCGUCAUGUUCCGCUUUGAGUUCUGGGACUGUGGGGAAUCUGCGCUCAAAAAGUUCGACCACAUGUUGCCGGCUUGCAAGGAUAAAACGGAUGCUUUCCUCUUCCUCUUCUCCUUCACUGACCGUGCCUCCUUUGAAGACCUCCCUGGACAGCUGGCCCGAGUAGCAGGCGAGGCCCCUGGUGUGGUCAGGAUGGUCAUUGGCUCCAAAUUUGACCAGUACAUGCACACAGAUGUGCCUGAGCGUGACCUCACAGCCUUCCGGCAAGCCUGGGAGCUGCCCCUCCUGCGGGUGAAGAGUGUGCCAGGGCGGCGGCUGGCAGAUGGACACACGCUGGAUGGACGAGCUGGGCUGGCCGACAUGGCCCACGUGCUCAACAGCCUGGCAGAGCAGCUGUGGCACCAGGACCAGGUGGCAGCUGGCCUGCUCCCCACCUCCCCAGAAGACAUCCCCAGCUGAGAGGUGAUGGCAUUGUGAGUGGGCACUCCAAACCCUCAGGUGACCUAAGGCUGGGGCAGGAAUGUUGAUCUCACCCCGAGGACUGGCCAGAAGAGCCUGGUCAGGGAGGAUGGGGUCCUGAAGGCUCCUGCCCCAGCAGCACUUACCUUGCGGAAUUCAAGCAGGGGGCACAAGGCAUCUGACCUAGAUGUCCUCUGGCUUUCUCCCUCUGCCCUACAAAUCUGGGCUCUUGGAAAAUGAGGAACUGAAUGGGCAGGGCCUGAGGGCUCAAAUGUCUCCCCCAACCUCCCGCUGCCCUCCCGCUUUUGCAGCAUCUGUGGAGGAAGAGGUGAUGCCUCAGCUGGGCCCUAGACAUUAAGUGACUUCAAUCAACAGUUUGUGUAUUGGAGGGAGGGUAUAGCUCAGUGGUGGAGUGCAUGCCUAGCAUGCACGAAGUCCUGGGUUCAAUUCCCGGUACCUCCUUUCAAAAAAAUAAGCAAAUAAAUAAACCUCAUUCCCUUAAGGAAAAAAAAAAAGAAAAAAGAAACAAAAAAACAGCCUGUAUUAGUUGAGGAACACCAUCUGCUGCUCCAGAUAAAUCCUAAACUCUCAAUAGCUUAA